AUGUCAGCAUCGAAGGAAUGGAUGUUCUGUCCUUUGACUGGAUCUCUGCUGACAUUAGACGCGACAUCUGGAGUGGCGAAAUGUCCCAUCUCGGGGUGGCAACGCAAGCUAGAAGACUUGGAUGGAAGCGUGACGGUGAGCAAAAGCAACAUUCAGGAUUACAGGAGGCGAUUCAAUCUGGAGCCCCUUGUGAAGGAAAAGAAGAAAGAAGAUGAAUUUUUAGAGCAGCAGGGCCGAACCAGAGCAACGGUGGAUGAUGAUUGUCCCAAGUGCGGCAAUCACGGAAUGGAGUACUACACCCGCCAGCUACGCUCUGCUGAUGAAGGACAGACAAUAUUUUACGAGUGCCCAAACUGCGGGUGA